CGGAGGAAGAUAUCCAGCAAGUUCUCUGCUAAGGGAUAAGAUGAUCAGUACACGUUCAGUCCGCUCUCCGUUUCUCUUUCCCGCCUCCAGAAAGUAAAAACCUCUCCAGACUCCAGCCAUGGCCGAAGCUGCGCGGGUCUUCCACACGACUACAUUCGUCCCUUCAUUCAAUUCACUGCACAAAACCCAGAAACCCAAGCCCUCGUUUGUCUCCCGAAGCACCGUACGCCGGAAGUUCCAGUCUUUACGCUGUUCGUCGUCGCUGGAAAGCGCGACCACAGCGAUGACGACGAAUAAUCAGGAGGUACGAUGGGGAUGCGACAUCGAUUCUCCGGAAAACGCUCUAGCUCUGCAGAAAUGGCUUUCAGAUUGCGGGUUGCCUCCUCAGAAGAUGGGAAUUGAGAAAGUGGAAGUUGGGGAGAGGGGGUUGGUAGCUUUGAAGAACAUUAGGAAAGGGGAGAAGUUGCUCUUCGUGCCUCCUUCUCUCUUCAUCACCGCCGAUUCACAAUGGAGCUGCCAAGAGGCAGGUGAGAUUAUGAAGAAAUACUCAGUGCCAGAUUGGCCAUUGAUAGCAACUUAUCUGAUUAGCGAGGCAAGCCUUGAGAAAUCAUCGAAAUGGAGCAAUUACAUUGCUGCUUUACCUCGCCAGCCUUAUUCUCUCUUGUACUGUUUCUUCUUCUGCCUACAGCAUCUAUGUGUCGUUUUCAGGACUCGUGCAGAACUAGAUAGGUAUCUUGAAGCAUCACAGAUCAGAGAGCGGGCGAUUGAGAGGAUUAACAAUGUCAUUGGAACGUAUGAUGAUUUGAGGCUUAGGAUAUUCUCCAAGCAUCCUCAGCUCUUUCCUGAAGAGGUAUUCAACAUUGAGUCCUUCAAAUGGUCAUUUGGCAUACUCUUCUCUCGCUUGGUUCGUUUGCCGUCAAUGGAUGGAAGAGUAGCCCUGGUUCCCUGGGCUGACAUGUUGAAUCAUAGUUGUGAGGUAGAGACAUUUCUGGAUUAUGAUAGAUCAUCACAAGGAGUGGUAUUUACAACUGAUAGAACAUAUCAGCCAGGUGAGCAGGUGUUCAUAUCGUAUGGGAAGAAAUCUAAUGGAGAGCUGUUGCUCUCUUAUGGAUUCGUUCCAAGGGAAGGUACUAAUCCCAGUGACUCGGUGGAAUUGCCUUUCUCACUAAAAAAGUCUGACAAAUGCUACAAGGAGAAGCUAGAAGCUUUGAGGAAGCAUGGUUUGUCUGGGUCACAUUGCUUUCCCAUCCGUGUCACUGGCUGGCCACAGGAGUUGAUUGCAUAUGCUUACUUAGCAGUCAGCCCUCCGGGCAUGAUCGGACAGUUUGAAGAGAUUGCAGCUGCUGCAUCAAACAAGACAGCCAUGAAGAAAGAUAAACCAUAUCCCGAAAUUGAAGAACAGGCACUGCAGUUCAUAUUGGAUAGUUGUGAGUCAAGCAUAUCAAAAUACACCAAAUUCUUACAGGCUAGUGGAUCAAUGGAUUUGGAUGUGACAUCUCCAAAGCAAAUUAACAGAAGGUUGUUCUUGAAGCAGCUCGCUGUAGACUUGUGCAACAGUGAACGAAGGAUAUUGUACCGAGCUCAAGCUGUAUUGAGAAGAAGGUUGAGAGACAUGAGGAGUGGGGAACUGAAAGCUCUGAAUCUCUUUGAUGGGCUCAGAAACCUCUUCAAAUGAAGUGGUGUUUGCCCCAUUCCCCUACUUGUGCAGCAAAUUAUAGGACAAAUGAUUUCUUCAGCCAAAAGGGUUUCAGCUUAAAGGAAGAAAUCAGACGCGAAGGGCUGCUAAAUUCUGGCUCCGGCAGCUGUUCCUUAGUUCCCUCUGUUUCAGGAGUUUGUAAUACAACCAACCCUUUCCUGUGUAAAUUUGAAUUUUCCUACAUGUGGGGAAGCAAGAUUGAUCACCAAGUCAAAAUUCAAAACUAAAUAAUAGAAUUUCCUUUCGUGUGCGCGUCGCGCGAUGUACUAAAAUGAUCACGACGAAUGGCCUGUUCUCACUUCUCAGUGGCAGAGGGAAUUUUAUUA